GUCACCUUGAGCCUACACUGGGAGGGCGCUGACACUGGCUGCAGCAGCGCAACGGGCCUUGCAAUCGCAGAGAGUCCACUGGCACUGGGUGGCCACAUGAUCACCAUCAUGAACUUGCGGCCAGAGAUUGGGGAAGUGCUGCGAAACCACCCCGAGAGGAUCUACGCCCUCUGGCGCGCGAAAGUCAAGAUCAGUGCCGAAGCAGAACAGCUGGAGCGAGACUGCCUCUUUCCGAAAGCUGGGAAGGGCGGGUCUCUGGCCAUCAAUG